UCCCCCGGAGCGGGUUGGCGUUGCCUUCCCGUGAUUGUAACGAUUUUUAAAAUGGUUCCUUCUCCGUACAAUAAUGGCCGUUUGGCCUGGAAGUGGAUGCUGGGUCCGGCAGUGUGUCACUGAAGCGUCCCAGCGCCGGUGGCUGGGCAGGACGUGGAGUGGAGUGUGCCACUGAACAGCCCCGGCAGGAUCCGUUUCUAAUGAAGCUGAGCCAUGAGACUGUGACCAUUGAGCUGAAGAAUGGGACGCAGGUGCAUGGAACGAUCACAGGAGUGGAUGUGAGUAUGAACACACACCUGAAAGCAGUGAAAAUGACUCUGAAGAACAGAGAGCCCGUACAGCUGGAGACCCUGAGUAUCCGGGGAAACAACAUCCGCUACUUCAUUCUGCCUGACAGUUUGCCUCUGGAUACUUUGCUAGUGGAUGUUGAGCCAAAAGUCAAAUCCAAGAAAAGAGAAGCAGUUGCUGGAAGAGGCCGUGGAAGAGGCCGUGGCAGAGGCCGAGGUCGUGGAAGAGGAAGAGGAGGCCCAAGACGAUAACUUCUCAUCAUAUUUUGGGCAAUUUCUGGGCAAUUACCAUAUUCUAGGCAAUUUCAGGUUUAUUUUGUACAGGUCUUGUUUAUGGUAUCCAUUUUUAAUAAACGGAAAUGUGAAAAGGUGUCUUUCCUUUGUUAGCAGAGCCUGGGGAGGGAGGCAGGUGUGUCCUGUUUCUAGGGCUGUCGCAGACUGCACACAUCUUGCUUGUCACUGUCGAGAUUUUGCCCACCCCUGGGGGCUGUACAUUUCCUCUUGCUGUUUGCCCCAGAACCAGAGACUUGUGUUGUGCUUUCACAGUGUUUGAAAUGAAUCCCUCUUUUCUAAGGCACUUGCCAUCCUCUAAUGGUUCCAUAGCUAAGAUGCUGUAUUAAGAACCCCUGUCCCGUGAGUGUGUCUCUAAUACUGUUCUUCAGAGCAACCUUUUCUAAAGUUCAUAGAUAUAAUUUUAAUGUUUUCUAUUACAUGAAGCUUGCAAUUUAAACAAUGUUGCUUUCUUUAUAAAACAUUUGCACAGGGAAAUUAACCAGGUCCAUGGAACUGCUGGAUUGUUACAUCUGAUGAUUAAAGAAUACCUGGAUAUGAA